AUGGACGGAGAAGACGUUGCAGCAUUAGUUAUCGACAAUGGUUCCGGUAUGUGUAAGGCCGGAUACGCCGGAGACGACGCCCCACACACAGUGUUCCCAUCGGUCGUAGGUAGACCAAGACACCAAGGUGUCAUGGUCGGUAUGGGUCAAAAGGACUCCUUCGUCGGUGACGAGGCUCAAUCCAAGAGAGGUAUCUUGACCUUGAGAUACCCAAUCGAGCACGGUAUCGUCACUAACUGGGACGAUAUGGAAAAGAUCUGGCACCACACCUUCUACAACGAGUUGCGUCUGGCCCCAGAAGAGCACCCAGUUCUUUUGACUGAGGCUCCAAUGAACCCAAAGUCCAACAGAGAGAAGAUGACCCAAAUCAUGUUCGAGACUUUCAACGUUCCAGCCUUCUACGUUUCUAUUCAGGCCGUUUUGUCCCUGUACGCUUCCGGUAGAACCACUGGUAUCGUUUUGGACUCUGGUGACGGUGUUACCCACGUUGUCCCAAUUUAUGCCGGUUUCUCCUUACCACACGCUAUUUUGCGUAUCGACUUGGCCGGUAGAGAUUUGACCGACUACUUGAUGAAGAUCUUGUCUGAGCGUGGUUACACUUUUUCUACCUCUGCUGAGAGAGAAAUCGUCCGUGACAUCAAGGAGAAGCUUUGUUACGUUGCUCUUGACUUUGACCAGGAAUUGCAAACUUCUUCUCAAUCUUCAUCCAUUGAGAAGUCUUACGAGUUGCCAGAUGGCCAAGUUAUCACUAUCGGUAACGAGAGAUUCAGAGCUCCUGAGGCUUUGUUCCACCCAUCUGUACUUGGCCUUGAGGCUUCUGGUAUCGACCAAACCACUUACAACUCCAUCAUGAAGUGUGAUGUUGAUGUUCGUAAGGAACUCUACAGUAACAUCGUUAUGUCCGGUGGUACUACUAUGUUCCCAGGUAUUGCUGAGCGUAUGCAAAAGGAGCUUACUGCCUUGGCUCCAUCUUCGAUGAAGGUCAAGAUUUCUGCUCCACCAGAAAGAAAGUACUCCGUAUGGAUCGGUGGUUCUAUCCUCGCUUCUUUGGGUACUUUCCAACAAAUGUGGAUCUCAAAGCAAGAGUACGACGAAUCUGGACCAUCCAUUGUGCACCUCAAGUGUUUCUAA